GAAGCUGUAAUGGAGGCAGUUUGGAGCUGUGUUGUGUCUACAGAGGAAACAUUUCGUCUCCUGCAGCAACGAUGAGUUCAGUUCAGGCUUUGAGAGAGUUUAUCAACCAGCGACUAACAGCUGCUGCUGGAGAAAUCUUCACCGUCUUUCAUCAAACUAUCGUCCAGUAUGAGGAGGAGAUUGACCGACAGUGCAAACUAUUGGACAUUAGCUGGAAACCUCAAAUCAAGUUUCAUAAAACAGGCCAGAGCUGGGAAAUGCUGCUGCGCGGCCGAAGGCAGGGUACGCCCUGGACAGAGAGUCCAGAGCAACACAUUGGUGCCCAGAAGACGAGCUCCAGCAUGGAGCAGGACGAACAUGAAGCUCCACACAUUAAAGAGGAGGAGGAUCUUGUUGAGGUGACUGUUACUGAUGGAGAAAGAGACGGUUCAAACGACUCUGUGAGAGACUUGACCACCCAGAGACUGACUGCUGCUGCUGUGGAAAUAUUCGCCAUGUUUGAACAAACUAUCGUCCAGUAUGAGGAGGAGAUUGAUCGACAGCGCAGACUUCUGGAAAUCAACUGGAAGCCUGAAAUGAAGUCACACAGGUCAGAGCUUCUACAGCAUCAUGUCUGCAAGAAGGAGCAGUUCUUGAACCAGGAGACAGACUCCAGCCUGGAGCAGGAAGAGUCGGCACUUGGACAGAACACAGAGGAGGUUCCCUGCCCCAGUCAGGAAGGAGAGCAGCUUGCUCUGAAACUUGAAGCAGAUUCCUACAUUGUGACUUCUGCUGAAGAGGAAAGUUACCUGUGUGAGCCGGAAUCAGAGGGCGAGCAGCUCCACUCUUAUGAUUCCGACAGCCACAAUCCAGAAGAAUUCCCACAGCAACGAUUUUACAAGACGGAGCAUUUCUUCAACCAAAAGGCAAACUCAAGACUGGAGCGGGACGAGCCGGAGCCUCGACAGGAGGGGCCACGCACCAGUCAGGUCCCAGAGCAGCUGGGGUUGAAUCGUGGAACUGGUGGCUUUACAGGGACUCGAACAGAAGAGCAUGAGCAGGUCCUCUGUCACCGCUCUCAGAUAGCCGACCGCCACAGUCUAAACAGAGCCGUGUGUUUUGACCCAGGACCAAGUCGAAGUGCGGCGCCGAAGACCAAGAGCAUCUUCCACAGCGACGGUGUGGACGACUCUCUGCUGUCCGAGUACCAGCCUGAAAGCUUCAGGCGUAACGUUUCGCUGUUACUCCACGUGAGGAAUCACACGCGUGAAACGCCUUUUCUCUGCACCACCUGUGGCAAAAGAUUCCUGAACUUAUCGUCACUGAAGAGACACGCCAUGAACCACACGGGUGAGAACCCUUACUCUUGUGCGACGUGUGGCAAAAGCUUCACCCGGCAGAGUUACUUAUUGGUCCACAUGAGAAUUCACACGGGUGAGAAGCCUCACCGCUGUGUGACGUGUGGAAAAAGCUUCACCCAGCAGAAUAAUUUGUUGGUCCACAUGAGAACUCACACAGGCGAGAGGCCCUAUUCCUGUGAAACGUGUGGCAAAAGUUUCAGUUUACACGGGAACCUGCUGGUCCACAUGAGAACCCACACGGGCGAGAAGCCGUAUUCCUGCGGGAAAUGUGGGAAGAAGUUCAGCCGACGGGACACUUUGUUGGUCCACACCAGAACUCACACGGAUGAGAAGCCGUAUUAUUGUGAAACCUGCGGGAAAAGAUUCAGUCAGCAGCGUUAUUUGCUGCGUCAUGCGAGAAUUCACACAGUGUAGAAGCCCAUUAGGUGUUGGACACAUUUCAAAAGUAAGCCUGCAUUAGAACUCACACAAGCGAGGGUCAGUAUCCCUAUGGACCAGUGCUGAAAGUUUUGGAGUCCAAAGUAACUUAUGAAUUCAUGAACUGGGAAGUGUUGUGCUCGUCUUAUGCUGUAAAGGUUUCAAACCAGUGGUUUGUUUGAUCCACACAGGUGGAUGGCGAUGAUUUCAAGUGCAAUCGCAAAGCUGGCAUUGUGUUGAGGAUGUCUGUUUACAUGACAGCGGUGCUCAGAGUCAAUGAAAACAGCUUUUUGGAAACGGUUCCCACGGUGGAACCUUUCAGAAACACUCUGUCUCAGGUGUCGUGUAAACGGGCGUAAAAAAAAAAAAAAAAAAAAAAAAAGACGCUUGGUGAAACCGCUUGGGUUCUGUCUCUGUGUCGAUGGUGGAAACGCCGCUACCGUGCGUCUGCACCACCGCCAUCGUGAGUUCCUCUGCACAUGCUCGAUAACAGUCAGAACAGUGUUCUCCCCCAGAGCGUCACGACUCCCAGUCCAGAUCCUCCCGGGAGUUUAGACUCACCUGGAGGAGCAGUCCACUGUGACUGUCUGUCCAUAUGAAUGUACUCACCACUGUUAAUGUCUGUACUGAAUUUGUGUGUGUGUGUGUGUGUGUGUGUGUGUGGUUUCAUUAUAAAAACAAACAGCACUCAGCGGCCUGGCAUGCGUCCUUUUCAGUGUUUCUGAUGACUCUGUGUAAACAGACAUCAUUUUCAAAGCGUUGCCAUGUAAACGCUAAACGUUUCUGAAAUGGAGAAACCAGGAGUUUUCACUUGAAAUGUUGCGUUGUGCGGAGGGCCACAGUAAAGAUUUCACUUGAGAAGGUGGAAAAUGUCAUGUUGGGAAACAUGUUGUGUGAGCUGGUUUUAAAUUUGACAACGAGCUGGAAGCAUAAUGUUUAUGUACUCAGUAGGCUACUGUGUGUUAUUUAUUAUCGUGGAAAAUAAAGUAGGCUAACACCU